AUGACUUUAACGUGGCUGUGCUUAGAAAACACCUCAAAAAUAGUUUUAUUUUUAAUAGCAUUUACGGUGUUGUUAGCACACACAACAUGUACCACAAAUACAGCUGCCACAGAUGCUGCCACAAAUUCGGAAACAACACAUGUCAACUCACUGGCAGAUGAAAUAGAACAUGAAGAAUUCAUUGAUACAGAUUCGCAGCAGCCACAUUCACGCAGAAAACGUUUGGUAUGGAUAACAGACGAUGGACGUUUGGCUUUGCCGCCAGGCACCACAUUAACAUUUACCCCCACCAUAGCUUUACCCCUGGUCAGACAUCCCCCGGAGGGUUUCUUCUCAAACAUGUCCAUCAGUUUUCCCGUAACAAUUGAUUUCGAUAAACUGGGUUUGACCGACAAUCAAAAUCCUUUGGGUGAUUUGCCUCCCAUCUUUUCACGUUCAUUUGGCCAUUCGGCUGGUGAAAUGUUGGGCAACUACAUGACCAAAUAUUUGCACUUUAAAAGAAAACGUGAUCUAAGCGAACAACAAAAGUUGUACAGACAACCCAGAAAUUCUAAUUUCAAUAUCAAGGAACAUGUGCAUGAGGAUCAACCGGUAUUGCCUCUAUUGCCAGAACGUUUUAAGCACAUUUUCCAUGGCGGUGAAAGAGUAAUUUUAUAUGGUGUUGUUGAAGAUUUCCUCUCUACGUUCGGCAUGAAUGGCAAGGCCUGUCUGUUGCGCACCAUUUGUGAGGUGCAUUCGAGAAAAAUAGAUCACUAUGGUGUGUUUGGUGAAAUGGCUAAAUUGUUUUUGACUGUAACAAGAUCACCAUUUUCGGAUCUGAUACCAGAAUAUGUGACGGCUCAAGAAAUUGGAGAAGGUCGUACGGCACCAGGUGAAUGUUUUCCAUACCACAAAGAAUGUCCCCGAAGUGUAUUUAAGGUCUUACAGAAUCAUAAAUACAGAGAAACACCUAAAGGCGAAUAUCACGAACAGGAGGUGGAAGAAAUUACCAAACCUACACUACCCGAAAAAUUAUCAGCUGCUGAAAUAUUGGAUCAACAAAUAACCGAAACGGAAAAUUCUCUAGAUAAUGAAGUAGAUGGAACACAAUUCCAAAAUGCCAAAGGAAAUAAUCUAUAUUCCAUGUAAAAUUUUGUAAAAUAAUGCUUGAUAUUUUAAAAGAUAAUACUCGAAGAAUGAUAUUGAAAAAAAAGAAUUUAUUUUGUUAUAUUUAUGAAAAAACCGUAUAUGUUUUAGUUAAUUAAUUAUUUAUUUAAUAUAUUAAAUUAUUUAUUUUUGUUGUAAAUGUUGUAGAUUUUAUGUAAAUGCAAUGAGUGUUCUAUGAAAGUCAUAUUUUAGUUCAAUAAGACAAUAAAAAAAUUUGUAAUUAUGUAAUUUUUGGUUAAUUUAUUUAUUUUAAUAUUUAUUUAUUGCUAUUUAUUUUUUUAUUGUAAAUAAUAAUAUUAAACGAAGAACUUUUUAUUUGUUUAUUUAUUGUAUUGUAGUGAUUAAUAAAAUUAAAAACUAUUAGUGAAUCUAAUGAGAAA